ACGUGUACGAGAGAGUAAGAGAGAGAGAGAGACGGUGGUGGGUCGGUCGGUUUGCGUGGACGAACUGCGCGGCAGUCGAGGCCGCGAGGCUCAGUGCUGGGGAGCGCGGCACCGCGAUGCGUCGGCCUUCCGUUGCUGCCGCACUCGCUCUCAUUGCUUCUAUCCUCGAUCCUCGAACACUUUCCUCUUCCGUCGCGUGACUCUCCACUCGCUUUGUUACUCGCUUUUCCGUCUUUCGGCCUUUCCAUUAUCAUUCGUAGCUUUCCUUUUUCUCGCACGAGCGUUGCGUUUAUAGUUCGGUCGCGCCGUUCGUUAGUUCGUUAGUUCGUUAGUUCGUUAGUUCGUUCGUUCGUUCGUUCGUUCGUUCGUUCGUUCGUACGUACGUACGUACAUUCGUUCGUACGUUCGUUGAUUCGUUGGUUCGUUUCUCAAGUGCGUUUCGGUGUUCAUUCGCGCGUGUGGCAUCGACGAAGAGUGGCAAGGGUGCUACUGGACAUGGCACCGGACAGGGCCCCAUGUGGCGUUACGAUUCGUGAGGAGGCGCGUUGACGGUGAACCGACGCGUUGGAAAUGGAUCAUCCGUAUGCGGGAGGUUGGGUGCCUCAAGGUCAUGUCGGAGGUAGUGGUGGUGUCGGUGGUGCAGCAGCUAGUGGCAGUGGUGGUGGUGGUAGUGGCGGUAUUGGCGGCGGAAGCAACGGCAGCAUCGCCGGUAACAUCGGGUAUUCGAACACGGUGCCACGAUGCUGGGACAGAUCGUGCAGAUCGACCGAUCCGUCGCCUAUGCGACCGAUCGAGCACGAUCUGCGUACGACCGAAACGAUGAGAUCGAUGGAGUCUAUGAGAUCGGCGGAUUCGGUUAUAAGACAACCGAUGAUGGAGUCCUCGGGAAGAACCGGCUCGAUGGAUCGUCGCCAAUCGAGCAGGUCGAUGGAGGCUAUAGGUAGGCCACAAAUGAUGGAUCAAAUACGCACCGAACAGCCCAGGCCGAUUCAUGAUCAUCUAGGAAACGUGCCGUCAUCGAUGUCGGCGGCGAGCAUGAGGAGUACGAUGGAACACCACGCGAUGCGUGUCAUAGAACAUCCGUGUCGUUUGAAGGAUCACGCCAGUUACGUGCACGAUCAUCAUCUUGGCAGACCCCACGAACACGGCUGCAGAUCGGUCGAACACGUUUCGAGAUUGCUCGAGCAUAGGCUCGCUCACGAUGCACAUAGACCACCGCCUCCGCCGUCGGCGGGUAUCGAACAAACCCCCUGUCGACCCAUCGAUCAUCCCCCAAGGCCGACAGUCAACUACUCCUGCCGAUCGCUCGAACACGCACCAGGAAGACCGAUACCCAUGGAUUGCGUUAUCUACGGACCUCACUCGCACACGCCGCCCAGAUUACCCGCCGAGAGUCCCUUUCGCAUCAACUGUCCCGUGCAUAGUCCCUUUCGCUUCAGGUUCCUCAACGGCGCCGCUCCCGACUAUCACUCUCAUCAGGCAUUGCUGCAAGCUCACGACGUGGCAGGCCACGAGGUUUACGGCGAGGAAGCUACGAGAGUGACACCGCCCCCGUUGUUACCGUAUCUGAAUGGCGGCGAUGACCUCGAGGGUCAGAACGGCGAUCUUGACCUCGAGAACGUUACCCGCGUCAGAUUGGUGCAAUUCCAGAAGAAUACAGACGAGCCAAUGGGGAUUACCUUGAAAAUGAACGAAGAUGGAAAAUGUGUAGUAGCAAGAAUUAUGCACGGUGGGAUGAUCCAUAGACAAGCCACUCUUCAUGUCGGUGAUGAAAUUAGAGAAAUCAAUGGAAUACCCGUCGCUAAUCAGUCCGUUAAUGCCUUGCAAAAAAUUCUCCGUGAAGCACGAGGAUCGGUGACGUUCAAGAUCGUGCCAUCGUACAGGAGCGCGCCACCCCCCUGCGAGUUUUCCCCCUGUGGAAGAAUCGAAGUAAACACGCAUACAUCGCUUCGUUUGUACCUGACGAACGAUCGUCGUGACGAUCGAAGUACUGCGUGGACUUCGAACAAGCUGAUAUUCGUACGCGCACAAUUUGACUACGAUCCUUUAGAAGAUGAGCUAAUACCGUGCGCACAGGCCGGCAUCGCCUUUAAAACAGGCGACAUCCUACAGAUUAUUAGCAAGGACGAUCAUCAUUGGUGGCAAGCACGUAAGGACAACGCGGCUGGUUCCGCGGGUCUAAUCCCUUCGCCCGAACUUCAGGAAUGGCGUAUUGCUUGUAUGGCGAUGGAAAAGAACAAGCAGGAACAAGAUGCUGAAGGAGAAGGAGGAUGUUCUUCUCACACCGAAGGCUGCGACGGUUCGACAGUGAAUUGCUCGAUAUUCGGACGGAAGAAGAAGCAAUACAAGGACAAGUAUCUUGCGAAACAUAAUGCAGUCUUCGAUCAGCUGGACCUGGUCACCUAUGAGGAAGUCGUCAAGCUUCCCUAUCCUGCCUUCCAACGCAAGACUCUAGUUCUAUUGGGAGCACACGGUGUUGGUCGUCGACACAUCAAGAAUACGAUUAUUGCGAAGCAUCCCGACAAAUAUGCCUAUCCUAUUCCGCAUACAACGAGGCCUCCACGAACCGACGAAGAAAACGGACGUAAUUAUUACUUCGUGUCGCACGACGAAAUGAUGGCUGACAUCGCUGCUAACGAAUACCUCGAAUAUGGAACACACGAGGAUGCCAUGUACGGAACGAAACUGGAAACUAUUCGAAAGAUUCACGAAGAAGGGAGAAUGGCGAUAUUGGAUGUAGAACCGCAAGCAUUGAAAGUCUUACGUACAGCCGAGUUUGCUCCGUACGUUGUCUUCAUUGCAGCUCCAGUACUUCAAAACAUCACCGACUACGACGGUAGUCUGGAACGGUUGGCGAAAGAAUCCGACAUGUUGAAGCAAGCUUACGGACAUUUCUUCGACCUGACCAUCGUGAACAACGACAUCGAGGAGACGAUCGCCCAAUUGGAGGCAGCGAUCGAACGAGUUCACACGACGCCACAAUGGGUCCCGGUUUCUUGGGUCUACUGACAGAGGACCUCUCCAUCUCGACAGAUAGUCAAUGCAGAUUGCAAUGGCUCCUCGAGAAUGAAGCAAUGAUAAAAAGAAUAACGUGAUAACGUGAUCGAGAUCGCGAUCGAACGUUCUCGAGCGAGUUGUUGAAAGUCGAAGGGAGCAACGGUGAAAGCGACGACGAUUUAAUCGUCGACUAGUCGAACGAUAACCACGAAUUUACAACUAUCACCGUGUCCUUGUGAAGUGUUCAAAUAUUGAGCAUCGCUCGACAUUCGACGGUACUCUUUUAUCGGAGGUUAGAGGUAGGAUAUAUAAAAAAAAAAAAAUAAUAAUAAUAAUAAAAAGAAAUGAAAGCAGCGAUCAAAAGAAAAGAGAGAACGUCCCGAUCGAUGGCUUUGUCACGUCGAGACAUUUUCCAUGCUCGAUGGAAGAGUUUUCGCGCAAACGAGUCAUUUCUCGAUCAUUGUCUAUUGGACGAUGGCGAUACAUUUAUCGGAUCUCCGAUUUUCAAACUUACAUCGAUGAAUUCGUUCGAUCCGAAACUCGAUUCCUCGCGAACAUUCGAACCCUUCAACGUACACUUUCAAUAUCUUCGCGAGGAAAAGCCUAUCGAUGCGCAAACUCGCUAAAUUAAAAUUAUCGAAUUAGUUCUCCUUUAGAACUAACGUGACUUCGCACUAUCUCUUCUACCUUUUACCUAUUACUCCCUUCCUCUCUCUCUCUCUCUCUUUAUCUUUUCUCUUCUAUUUCCCAACCUCCGAUCACUUUCUCUCUUUCUCUCUCUCUCUUUCUCUCCCCUUAAUCCCUUUCUCUUCCUCUGUCUCACACGAUUUCACAAGUUUCUCGCACGGUGUCGAUGCGGAAAAGACGAAUUUAUAAAACGAGGACCUCUCUAUGGGUACCAAAGACUACAAAAAAAAGAACACGGAAUACUAUUUCAAGAUGAACAAAAGAAAAUGUAUCGGUCCACGAAGUUAACAAACGAAAGAGACUAUUAAUAUCGAAAAUAUCUCUCUUGAUCGAUUUGGCCGGCUCGUAUCUGCUGAUUGUCGCUAUCUUCCUUUUCUCUAAGAUAAUCAUUAACGAAUAAAGAAGAAGAAAAAGAGAAAGAAAUUGAGAAAAAAGGGGAACGCAUCCCGACAGAAAAAUACGAGUGUUUCGUCUACGUCGUAAUAAAAUAAGCGUUCCGUUCGUACAAUCCUUAAAAAAAAAAAAAUAAAGCAAAACGAAGAAGAAGAAGAUGAAAAAAAUAAGAAGAAGAAGAAGAAAAAGAAGAAGUAGAAGAAAAAAAAACGUAUAAGAGAAGAAAAAUCGACCGAAGACGGAUCUCCUCGAGCCGUCGAUCGUUUUACCAAAUAGUGUUUAAGCAGUAGAUCGAUUAAUCUUGAUCGGUUUCCUCUAGUAUCUAUUUCCAGUAUCUUAAACGCGUAUAGGCCUCUUUCGCCAGAAAAAAAAAGAAAAAGAAGAAGAAGAAAAGAGAAAAAAAAACGUAUUCACGAAGACAGAACGAAUAAAAAUAAAAGCGCGUGGCAGCUUCUUUCCUUUCGCAUCCCGCUCACUUUUUCCUUCCGCAACGUUCGAGCUUUUUCUAGCUACCCCUUACCCCCCUUCGAUUCCUAUUUUCCAUUCUUUUUAAGCCCCGCAGAUACGGCGAACAAUUCACUUCCGCUCGUUCGUUCGAUAUUCGUCCUCCCGUUUAACCCUCUUGUACGCUUCAUUCGUAUCCAUUGAAUCGCUUGCCGAUGCUACAUUACCGAUCGUUUCACCCUCGCAAAAUCAAAUGAAAAGUAACGAAGGUAGGCGACCCACGUAGACGCACACACACAUCGAUCGCAAGAUGUAUUUCUCGGUUCUCUUGUUAACACCCUCGUACAAAAAGCGCACGAUCGAAGGAUGUGAAGCGAACAAGGCGCGUCUUAUUAUAAGAUAUUUAUAAAACGUAAACUCUAAUAAAAUAGAUAGUCACUACAAGCUACGUGAAAAUAAUAAUUACAAAAAAAUUAACACGCUGCUGACACGCUCUCUCUCUCCCCUUUCUCUCUCUCACACACACACACACACACACACAGACACAGACGCAUACAUACAUAGAGAGACAAAUACACGGACACGUUAGAAAAUACGCACACGUGUACUAAAAGAAAAUAACACGUUCGUAUACUUCCAUCGAUCUCCUACACUUACACACACAUAUAUACACACCUAUAUACAUAUACAUAUAUAUAUGUGUGUGUGUCUACGCAUAUAUACAGAGACAGACAAAAUCACAUGCGUUUCACGAGACAAGUGUUAACAAGGAUUUAAAAGAUUUAUAGGUGAAUUCAAUUGCAAGUGAUUAAAUGAAUUGUGUAAACUAAUUAAUACGAAGUAUUAGGAGAGAUAAUAGGAAAUUCGCGAUCCGCUAUACAUACAUACAUACAUAUAUACAUAAAUACAUAAAUACAUAUGGAAAAAAUCGAUGUCGACGAAGCGGCGAAAACGCGCGGUAUCUCGUUAUCCGCGACAACGAAGAGCGUCAUAAUUAAAAGAUGAAAUUAGGAAGGAGUAUGGUUUAAAAAGAAAUGAAAAGAGUGAUUUAGAAGAAUACAAAAAUCACGCGGCUCUGUUUCGAACGCAUUCGACAUAUGUAACUCGUGACCCUUUUAUGAUCUCGAAAAAAUAUACGCACAUACGCUCGUUUUCCUACGUUCUUCCUAUAUAUAUAUAUAUAUAUAAACACAUAUAUAACUGGCGUACGUAGCAAUUUUUAAGAGAGAGAGGGAGAGAUACUCGCAUUAUAAUAUAUACGUUAUAUAUCAUUUUGAAAAAAAAGAUUCAAUAGGUCAUGGUAUUAAGUAAAAGACGAAAUCCGAUCCUCUCAGGUACUUCGGUGUUGCUUAGGAAGAAAAAAAGAAGACGAAGGGGGAAGUUUUAAUCUUUAAUAUUUUAAGUCGACGCACGAGAAACUGUCGAAGGUGUUUAGCGAAACAGAUCCCGUAGGAUCGUACAUGCGUAUGUAUGUACGUCUAAUUUACGACGAGAUAGAUCGUCGCGUGAGAGAGAAAAGAAUGGGAAAAAGAGCAAGAAGAGAGAAAACAAGAAAAGUUAGAUUUACUUAUUAGCCCGUCGGAAUGAUAGUGUUUUGCGUGCAUGGAGACACAAAAGAAGAGUAACAAAGAAAAUUAAAAGAAUUAAAAAGAUAAAAAAAAAAAAGUACUAAUAAUUAUCGUCGGAACGCGCGAUGAGAACGAAUCGUUAAGUGAUUUUGUAAUACACUUCUUAUAAGUUGUAGCUGCCAUAUCCAGUUUAAAUACUAGGUGCGUUGAGUGAUAAUCUAACGACGACUUUUACGAUGAUAACGAUUGGUGAUGGUGAUAAAUAAAAAUUACGCGAUGAUUACGAAACGGUGAUGGUAAACUGAUGACGAUUAUGAUUAUGAUAGCGAUGAUAACGACGAUACUACGAUGAUAAGGACUGUGACGAUUUACGAUAAUAAUCGUGAUGAUCCUGCGUGCUUCUAUAGUGUGCGUGUCCGUGAACGUGGGUGAGUUAUGUUAAGAUGUUGACGACGGGUCUAAAGAAAACAAUAACGGUUCAUUAAAAUUAUAUAAUUAUAAAUAAGAGGAAGAGACGAAGAGUAUUAUAAACGCGUUGUUAAUUGAAUUAAUAAAACUAGCCCAAAGUA